GAACUUUCACUUUCGUUUCUCUAACAGGUGGUGAUGAUGGGUAUUUGAAUCGUUAUCAUAUGACGACAGUUGAUCAAGCAGAAGCGAAGCACUGCGAGAGCUAAAUGUCAAUUUCUCAACAUGAAAUCAAGAUAGAUAGAAUCCGUUCCCAACUUUCUACUCAGACAACUUUAACUCAAUAGUCCUACCUUGGACUACAUUGUGAUUACAAUCGGAAAUGGAGGUGGAAGACAAGCACGAUGUAUCAAAUUUGAACAACACUCCAAUUACAGCUCUAAGGCCUUCAACUCGACAGAUCAUUGUUAAUGAGCUAAACAAGAGGAAAGUUUUAGCUUCUGAAGAGGGAUUGCCAAGAGACUGGAGGGGGUUGGUACACUUGACAGGUUUACCUGAGCCCUCAGGUGACAAUCCGGCCGAUCAGCUGUUGACAGUUUGGGGCAGAAAGGCCGAAGCAAGUCUGGCAAUGUUGGAGGAAUUCCUCGGUAGAAUGGAUCGAUGGGACAUAGUAGAUGAUAUUUAUCACCUGAUCAGAGAGGAUGCAAAAAUCUACUCUGCUGGGAUUAGGAAAUAUACUGAAGAACAAUCAGCUGAUUCAAACAGUGACGAUGUAGUGUUAACUUUUGACGACAUUCGUAGGCUGGAGCAAGGCAAGGAGCCUCAAAAGUAUGAUGCUUUGUUGUUGUACGCUGAUCAAGACCAGGCCUUCGCUCGGCAGAUGAUGGACAGAUUAGAGUUCGACUACAAUCUAAAGGUGUGUGUGAAGGAAGACUUGGUUGGAGGGUUGGCGUUUGAACACCAAGGACUACUCAAGUUGGUCAGUGAACGUUGCCACCGUGUCAUUGUGAUUCUGUCUCGAUACUUCUUCGACAGUCCGGUGAAUCGGUUCAUCAUCUCCUUCGCACAAGCUCUGGCCAUAGAGAACAGAACGAGGAUCAUCAUUCCCUGCUUGUUUGAGAGUGUGAACGUGGAACUGCCGCAGGAGAUCAGGAUGAUGUACAAACUAGACUACAACAGAGCGAAUCAAAGAGACUACAAAUUCUGGGAGAGACUGCGGGAUUCGGUCGUCAAGCCUCAGCUGUCUACUGUCAGGCCUUCCUCAGUCACCAUCAGAGAACUGAAGUCUAAUGAGUACAAACGUCUGAAAGAAAUUGAACCUAAAAUUCCACAUCAGCCACAACCUUCACAAUACACCUCUGAAACUAUCAAGUGUAAAACAGACGAAGUGGAAGUCAAAGAAAGCUUCAAGUAUUGUUCAACCACUUCCCUCAACAAUUCCCUCGCAUUCAGCUCCAGUACACUUAGCCUCCCGGAGAAAACAAAGAAAAAGAAGUCUAAGUCGCCAUCUGACUUUAUCAGGAAACUAUUUAGAUCUAACGAAUCUAAGCAUAAAAAUAAAUCUAAGCAAAUUGCAGUCAAUUUAUGAUACAUUUUACUGUGGAUGAUAUUACCACAGUAAAAUGGUCUUGGUUAGGUUAUGUUUUAUCCUGAAAUCACUCGAUGUAUUUUCACUUUGAAAAAUUUAAGAUGUAUUUGGACUCGUAAAAGUUAAUAAUAACUACUAGACCACUUAUUGUGAGUAGGGAGACACAUAGAAACAAUGUGCUUCAUUGGGUAAGAACAAGAUGAUUCUGGCCAUGGUAUAUUUGUAGCUGAGUAACACAACUGUUAACCCAAAAAUCAGACCAUGUUUUCAUCCAAAAAGGCAAAAUAGAAGGCACUAUACACACACUAUACAGGCCUUUAAUAAGAGCACUAUGGAUGUAUUCAUAACAAUUAAUUAGUAUUUCAAUAAUUGAAAUUUGAUUACUAAAAUAACUAGGAUUGCUUUCAUAGCAGUGUAAACCAGUUGAGCAGAGUGAUCAUGUUUUGUGGUUUUUAAUAAAGCAAUAAAUUAUAAUAAUUUAGUGUGUUUGUAGUUAACGACAGUUUUAGUAAAUUUUUGUUACAGAAGAGAAGCUACUAUCCAAUUGUUUAUUUCUCAAAAUUAAUUCCACCACACCUUUUUGAACUUAAGAAACUAAUUGUUACUAAAAUACGAAGGGAUAUCGCCAAGCAAGUACAAUUUAAACUGCAUUUAAGAGUAUAGUUGUAAAUAUUUUACCAUUGUUAUCUUUUUGAGAAUUUAAUUUCAUUUUGUAACAUAGUAGGGGUAUUAUAAAUAGGGUAAUAUUUUUACUGAACCGUGUAAAUAUGAUGUUAAACAUUUCUACAUUUUAAUUUAGAACAUUGUAAGUACCAUGUAAUAUAAUGUUAUUUUACCAUUGUUAUUGUUGUUUGUAAUA